UUCAAUAAAUGUUCUUUUUUUCCACAUGGAUGGAAACUUACAAUAUGUUCUCAUAGCACAAAGAACCAAUAAUACAUUUUAUAGACAUCAGAAUUUAAACUUUCGCUUCAUCUCUCGUUCCAGCUUUGAUCGUAGGAUAAAAGUGCUCAGUAAUGGCACCCUAACCAUCAAAUCAGUGACCGACAGGGAUGAGGGUGACUAUCUCUGUGUCGCCAGAAACAAAAUGGGGGACAAUUACAUUCUCCUUAAAGUCAACGUGAUGAUGAAAGCCGCCAAAAUUGAACACAAGCCACUGAGCAAUCACAAGGUGUCAUAUGGAGGUGAGCUGAAGGUCGACUGCAUCGCUUCUGGUCUUCCAAACCCAGAGAUCUCAUGGAGUCUUCCAGAUGGGACGAUGGUCAACAACAUCCUACAGUCCGAUGACAACUUGAUCCGAACCAAGAGAUAUGUUGUGUUUGACAAUGGCACGCUGUAUUUCAAUGAGGUGGGAAUGAAAGAGGAAGGCGACUACACGUGCUAUGCUGAUAAUCAGAUUGGUAAGGAUGAAAUGAAAGUUCACAUCAAGGUGGUGGCGGAUGCACCAGUGAUUCGGAAUAAGACUUACGAUUUCAUCAAAGUUCCUUACGGGGAGACGGUUGUCCUCAAUUGCAGUGCAAAAGGAGAACCUUCUCCUACCAUAACAUGGAUGUCACCAUCAAGUCGCAUCAUAGUGCCAGUAUCAGACAAGUACAAAGUUGCCAACGAUGGGACGCUGAGUGUCCAGAGAGUCCAGAGGUUUGAUGCUGGGAAUUACACUUGCUCAGCCAGGAAUAUUGCAGGAAUGGACAAGAAAGUCAUUCAUGUAGAAGUCCUUGUGUCUGGACCUGUCAUCAAUAGAUUGAAGAGUCCCAGCACCAUCAAAACAACUGCCUCAAAAGAUCAGCGUGUACUUGUAGACUGCAAAGCUGAGGGAAACCCAGUUCCACAGAUCAUGUGGGUACUCCCAGACAAUGUUGUCCUACCUGUGCCAUACUAUGGCUCAAGAAUCACAGUUCAUCGCAAUGGUACUCUGGACAUCCGUGGUGUGCGCAAAAGCGAUUCUGCUGUGUUUCUCUGCCUGGCACGCAAUGAUGGAGGAGAAGCAGAACUCCAGGUUCAACUUGAUGUGACUGAAGAUAUCGAGAAACCACGACUGAGAAGUUUGCCUACAGAAACCAUCCCAUUGACUGAUGGAAUACUAGUGAGCUUAAACUGUUCUAUAGAUGGAAAACCCAAACCAGAGAUUACCUGGAUUCUCCCCAAUGGAACGUCUCUCCUCAGUGGAACCGGUAUUUUCCGCUUCCAUCAUCGGCUUGAUGGAACUUUACUCAUUAGGGAACCUUCCGUUUCAGAGGCGGGCCGGUAUCGUUGCGUAGGACAUAACAGUGCUGGUUCUGUCGAACGGAUUGUGAUCUUGGAGUCGAACAGAAAGCCUGACAUAAUCAACAAGUACAGCUCACUAAUUAGCAUCAUAAAUGGCGAGAAUUUGCAGCUGAACUGUUUAUCAAGUGGAAAUACAUUACCCAAAUUGACAUGGACUUUGCCAAAUGGAGUCGUCCUAACCAGACCAAUCCAAACAGGACGCUACGCUGUUCUCAAUAACGGUACGUUGACUGUUCAAAGGGCGUCCGUCUAUGACAGGGGAAUAUACCUCUGCCAGACUACAAACGAAUAUGGAUCUUCAAGUCUGACAGUUUCAGUCAUCGUAAUAGCAUAUCCUCCUCGCAUCACCAGCGGUCCUGCGGCGGUUACCUACGCCAAACCAGGUGUGGCGGUUCAGUUAAACUGUCUUUCUCUUGCCACACCUAAAGCCGAGAUGGUUUGGGAAAUGCCUGAUGGAUUGCAAUUCAAGGCUGGCGCCCAGCCGCGUCUCUAUGGCAACAAGUAUCUCCACCCACAAGGCUCAUUAACUAUUCAGAACCCGUCGAGCAGAGACAAUGGCUUCUAUAAGUGCACGGCCAAAAAUGUGGUGGGUAGCGACAGCAGAGGAACAUAUGUUUAUGUGUUGUGAUGUAAACUGUAACACUUUGCAGACGUGCCCGAAGAACUGCGAUCAGUUGGUGCAGACGAUACUGUUUACACCAAAGAGAUCUUUUAGAAAUACAGUAUAUGUUUAUUUAACACUUUCUACUAGCUGUCUUGUAAAUAAAGUAUGAAAAUUUAAAUUUAAGUUUAAAUCAUGCAUCUCUGGAGUGAGAAGUAAGUUGUUUAUAUUAAUAAAUGAAUGCUAUAGGAAAGUACUGUAUACUGAUGAGCAGAUCCACAUGAAAUCUGAGACUGCAGGAAGCGAAUUUGCAAAUUUCACAAAGUUCUACACAUCCUUCACCCCUUGCAUUUUUGUUUAUUAAAUAUCAGCCUGAUCUCAUGAAAAUUAUUUGACUGUGAUGACUUAUUUUGCAAAAUAUUACGCGGUGCAUUACGAGCGUAAGAGUGUGCUUAACAUGCAUAAUGCAUUUUGCAAUUCACUUUUGCUUCAAGAUGCAUGUAAUGGUAUACAGUCUGAAAUGGCCUUUGCAUCUGAGCACAUAUGAUGCCCAAAAGCUCUGUAGAUUGGCAGAUUGUGGGUCAUAGCUACUGUUUAACUACUAGGUGCUUGACUUACAUAAAAAUGUAGUGGGGAAAUUUUUUUUUAAUGAAAUAAAUCAGAGAUUUCUUCCAGUGCACCUUAGGCUUAGGCCAUGCAUGCAGUGUUUCUUAUCCCUAAAAUAAAUGUUUUCUUGCAUAUAAACAAUAAUGUACAGUUUUCUUAUGUUUUUGCUUAAAAUCAUCAGUACAUAAUUGAAUAAACAUU